AUGGACGAAGAGGCUACUUCUUGGAUUAGGAGGACAAAGUUUUCUCAAACUGUUUCUUACCGUAUGCAUUCGUCAAAGCUAGCCUCUCUCCCUAUUAAGGUAAACCAUGAGAAGAUCUCUGGGCUGAAAACAAGACCCCAGACAUCAUCAUCAUCAACUUCAUCAUCAUCGGAUCCGAAGCUGGUUUCAAGUGACUCACAGAAGCCUACGCAGGAUCCCACGAGUUUGGAAGCUGGUACAUAUGUUGUUGAUUCGGAAAUACAGACAAACCCGGUAACUAAUAAACAUAGGUCUGUUUCUCCCUCGCCUCAGAUGGCUCUUCCUGACGUGUUUAAGGAAGCUAGGUCUGAGCGUAAGAGAUUCUCUACUCCACAUCCGAGAAGAAUGGACUCGGAGAAGGGAAUGAGGCCGAAGCUAUCACAUAAAAACUCGUUUGAAAAGAGGUCGUUCAACUUGCGGUCUCCGUCGGUUCCUAUCAGAGAUUUAGGCACCCUGAGAAUUCAAGAGAGGGUGAAGAGCAAGAAAGACACAGGAUGGUCCAAGCUUUUUGAUAGUGGUGGUCGUAGAGUGAGUGCUGCGGAAGCUGCUGAGGAGUUCCGCGUUGAUAUGUCGAAGCUGUUCUUUGGGCUGAGGUUUGCUCAUGGGUUAUAUAGCCGGCUUUACCAUGGAAAGUAUGAGGAUAAAGCUGUUGCCGUGAAGCUUAUCACUGUGCCUGAUGAUGACGAUAGUGGAUGCUUGGGAGCUCGUUUGGAGAAACAGUUUACCAAGGAAGUCACCCUUUUGUCUCGAUUGUGCCAUCCAAAUGUUAUUAAGUUUGUGGGAGCGUACAAAGAUCCGCCUGUAUAUUGUGUCCUCACGGAGUAUUUACCUGAAGGAUCUUUGAGAUCUUUUCUCCACAAACCUGAUAAUAGGUCUCUUCCUUUGAAAAAACUGAUAGAGUUUGCUCUAGACAUAGCAAGAGGAAUGGAAUAUAUUCACUCACGACACGUAAUUCAUCGUGAUCUCAAGCCAGAAAAUGUUUUGAUCGACGAAGACUUCAAGUUGAAGAUUGCUGACUUUGGCAUAGCGUGUGAGGAAGAGUACUGUGACAUGUUGGCUGAUGAUCCAGGGACCUAUAGGUGGAUGGCACCUGAAAUGAUAAAACGGAAACCACACGGACGAAAGGCCGAUGUUUACAGCUUUGGACUCGUUCUAUGGGAAAUGGUAGCUGGAGCAAUCCCGUACGAGGACAUGAAUCCUAUUCAAGCUGCUUUCGCAGUCGUACACAAGAACAUUAGGCCGGCUAUCCCGGGAAAUUGUCCAGCAGCCAUGAAAGCUCUGAUAGAGCAGUGUUGGUCGGUUGCGCCGGAUAAGAGACCCGAGUUCUGGCAGAUAGUGAAAGUGCUUGAACAGUUUGCGGCGUCACUGGAACGUGAAGGGUGCUUGAAUCUGAGUUCAAACAAGAUCUGCAAGGACCCAAGAAAAGGUCUGAAACAUUGGAUUCAGAAGCUUGGACCGGUCCACGGAGGAGGAGGAGGAGGCAGCAGCAGCAGCGGCCUAGGUGGCUCGGCCUUGCCUAAGCCUAAGUUCGCCUGA